GGCUUAUUACAGGAAUUUAAUACGUCUCAAGAGGAUGUGUUUAUAUCUAUAAUUACUUUGAACUGCUCAGAGGCGGACGUGUUAUAUGUGAUCCGCUUAAGAAUUUGUUUUUAUAUACAUUUUUUUUUAUAUACAUCCAACAUCAUAUUACUUACUCACCACUUUGGAAAGCAGUUCAACUUCGGAUUAAAGAAAGUCACGUGAUAAAUACGCAAAAAAAGUCAGAACAAAAACGAAGAUUUGUUAUUGUCACGCAUGUUUUAACGUGGGCACUACAGUUACAUGUAGGAAGAAAUUCGAAAUAAAGGAAUUGUGAAGCUAUCAGACAGAAACACAGGAACAAUACAAAAACGUAGCAUAACAUCAAGAAUCGAUUUUAAAAAUUGGAGAAAAGUAACAUUCAAGAUGAAGGCCUUACUUACCUUGUGUUUUUUUAUGCACGCGCAUUGUUUUUUCUACAAUCUUGGUGCGUCCAAGGAACAGCAGUGUGUGCCAGUUAAAAUAAAGCAAUGUAAAGGACUUGGUUAUAACGUCACCAGACCUGUUGAUCUGUACUCGUCUGUCGUCAGAAACGUUGAGAACGGAAAAAAAUACAUUGAGUUGCUGGAGAAAACACCGUGUUCAAAGUACGCCGUGUUUUUUUUAUGUUCGAUUUAUUCACCUAUGUGUUUCGCUGGACACAAGGAACAAAUCAAACCAUGUAGGUCUGUGUGUUACAAUGUUAAACGAAGGUGUGGCCCUAUAAUGAAUUACUAUGGUAUAGAGUGGCCGGAAGAGUUGAGUUGUGAAAAAUUACCCGAGCAUAACAGUGGAGUGUGCAUUCAGCCAGAUGUCUUCUAUUCUGCGAAACAAGGAAGAAAACGUCACGUGAAAAAUUUAUCUUCGUCAAAGGCUGUUGUGUGUAAAAAAUGCAAAAAACACCCCAGCCACAUCAAAUAUCGACACUACAGAAAAGCUGCCUACGUUAUUGAAGCUUCGAUAAUGUCACGUGAAACAACAGCCAAUGGGAGAACGAAGCUUUAUGUCAACAUCACACGAAUACUUAAACAAGGUCGAGUGAAAAUAAAACUUGGUAAAAUGAAGCUAUGGGCACCCACAAAAUGUAUAUGUCCAAAAAUUGAUUUUGACGAAAAAUAUUUCAUCUUUGGAGCUGAGCAUACUGAUGGCAAGGGAAGAUUGCUUUUUGACGGAAAAGCUCACAUCUUGCCUUUUAAAGAUGGACAUGCCAAAGUUAAAAAGUGGCAAAAGAAAUGUAAAGAACGAAACUGUGGAAUUAAAAACUAAACAAUGAAUGCGUAUUUUGUGAAAAUAUAUAUAUACAAAAUCGAAAGAAGUUUAAAAGGAAGUAGUUUGAGCUUGGCCGACAUGCUGUUGUCAUUGCAAAUGACUUAAAUUUUCUGGUAAGAACAACUAUCUCCUGAAACUAUUUGUACAAAAACGUUUCCGAAGAGCUGAGAAGUAUUACGUAUGGAUAGACCCUGAAAUAUUUUGUAAAUAUAUUACUUUAAAUUUUGUAAAAAAAAACUGCAAUCCACAUUGUAAAGUAUACCGUAAAGUUACGUACCUUGUUUAACAGACUCUUGUGAACGAGAAGAUAGAUCGAAUAUAUAA